UUUCAGAAUAAUUUGUGCUUAAAAAUGUGUUAUAAGAAGAAAGCAUAACUACAGCCUAUUAAAAUUCGUGUGUGUCAAGCAGAUGUGCGCACUCUGAGGAAAAUGUAUGCCACAAACGAUUUUGAACUCUACUUCAAAGUGAAUAUCACUUAAAUAAAAUCUCAACUCAAAAUUUCAGUUUGAAAAAAAUUUUUUUACCAAAAUGCCAAAAGGCAAUAUUUUGCAAAACUGUUUUCGAUAAUUUGCAAAACCAAAAUGUGCAAACGUUAGCAAAAAUAAAAUAAAUAAAUAGCUACAUAGUGUACGUUUAUUUUCUGCAGUGUAAAAAAAAAAUAAAAUAUUAUCCUAUUUAAAAUAUUGUCAACCAGAAAAGCAGUAAAAAGUGUAUUGAAAAAAAUCUGCCAUUCGAUUUUUUGAUUGGUGUCAGUGGAAAAUUUUCGCGUGUAACAACUUCGUGUUUUGUGUUCGUCAUUGACGCAACGCCGUUCGGUUGCAGCCAUAUUGAAAAUUGGAUUAUCUAACGCAUUUCAAAAUGGAGGACGAGAGUGACGACAAGGACGACACAAAAAGAAAAUCUCGAAAUCUCAGCGAAAAGAAGAGGCGAGAUCAAUUUAAUACGCUGGUGAAUGAUUUGAGCGCGUUGAUAUCGACAUCGAAUCGGAAAAUGGAUAAGUCAACAGUGCUCAAGUCGACAAUAGCAUUUUUGAAACAUCACAACGAGGCCACCGAUCGUUCGAAAGUUUUCGAAAUACAGCAAGACUGGAAACCAACAUUUCUUACCAACGACGAGUUUACACAUCUCAUGCUAGAAUCCUUAGAUGGCUUCAUAAUAGUGUUUAGCGGUAUUGGUUCCAUAUGUUAUGCCUCCGAAAGUAUUACGCCACUGCUGGGUUACCUUCCGAGCGACCUAGUGAAUAUGACCAUUUUCGAUUUGACCUACGAAAUGGAUCAUGAAAGUCUACUGAAUAUAUUUCUAAACCCCAAACCAGUGAUCGAACCACUACAGACUGAUAUUAAUUCAAGUAAUCAAAUUACAUUCUAUUUGCAUUUACGGCGUGGCGGUAUCGACAAAGUGGAUGCCAAUGCGUACGAGUUAGUUAAAUUUGUAGGUUAUUUUCGAAACGAUGUGAAUCUUGACAGCAUACAAUCACAGAACUCACUUGCCUUGCCACGUAUCUUCCAAAUGAAUCCUAGCGCCGAGGUGGAUAAGAAAUUAAUAUUCGUUGGCACCGGACGCAUUCAGACGCCGCAGCUAAUACGCGAAAUGUCCGCCAUAGAUCCGACAUGCAACGAGUUCACUUCGAAACAUAGCAUGGAAUGGAAAUUUCUAUUUCUGGAUCAUCGUGCGCCGCCGAUCAUCGGCUAUAUGCCCUUCGAAGUGCUCGGUACUUCCGGUUAUGAUUACUAUCAUUUCGAUGAUCUGGAGAGCAUCGUGGCUUGCCAUGAAGAGUUGAUGCAGAAAGGCGAAUGCAAGUCGUGCUAUUACCGUUUCCUUACAAAAGGACAGCAAUGGAUCUGGUUGCAGACCGAGUUCUAUGUGUCCUACCACCAAUUUAGCUCGAAACCUGACUACGUUGUGUGUACACACAAAGUGGUCAGUUAUGCAGAUGUGAUACGCCAAAGCAAGGCGGACAAUAAGUUGGAUAAAACUCCGUCGAUCAACAAUAGCACUAGCAAGUCGUCCACAAUGACAUUGAGGGACCUUGAAACCACCAGUCAAAGUCUUGAUCCUUCCACGCUUUCGGCGAGUGAUAGUGGCAAUGUUAUAAUGGGUAUAUUGAAUGAAGCUUCGCCUCGGCUGGACACAUCACCCAUAUGGCCGAAUGCUUCUUCAACCACGGGUAUAACAUCGACAACAUUCAAAACAUCCCGACCUGCCUCGAGUUAUGGCAAUAUUAGUUCUACUGGAAUCUCACCGACAGCUAAACGAAAACGGUAUUUCCCACAUAAACCUGGCAACGAAUCCGAUUCAACGUCCAUGUCUGCAGAUUCAGCCACUAGUAAACACUCGCUUAUGACACAUUUGAGUUCGAGUCGACAACGCCACGGUCACAGCUCGGGUAUGCGAAUUCCGCAAAGUACAACGCACGCGCAGCAGCUGAAUGCGGGCAGUCAACAUGCGCUGCACAAUCACCACCAGUCGCAGCAGAGCACACCACUGCAGAUGAAUCAAACGCAAAACCAACAGAAAAUCCUACCGAUGCUACCGCAACACACCAUGGCGCAGGCGCAAAUGGUGCCCAACAAUCCAUGUCAAUUCACACAGCCCAGCUUCCCGAUACGCAGCUCGCAAAUAGUCGGCCCCACAUUUUUGGAGCCGUCGCAAUAUCUUGCCGCCAUACCGGUGCAGCCAGUUAUCGCGCAAUUUCCAGUCGCACCAGUGCUGUCACCGCUGCCGGUGAAUAUGAGUACGGCGCCGCCUUGGAAGCCGACCACGCAACCGACAAAUGGAACCUUCGACCCGCUGCAGAGCCAAGCAGACAUGCUCUCCGGUGCGGUAGUGAUGACGCCCACCCAGACACAGCUGCAGGAUCAGCUGCAACGCAAACACGACGAACUGCAAAAGCUGAUCAUGCAACAGCAAGAUGAACUGCGCAUGGUCUCCGAGCAGCUACUCUUGGCGCGCUACACGCUGUUGCAGCCGAUGAUGCCGAUGAACUACAAUACGCCGCCGAACAGCGGUCGUGGCAAUUACAAUUUUGCUAGCACCAAUUCGAUGGAGCAGCAAUUCAAUCAAUUCGGCUUUACUAUGAACUCCAGCGAGCAGCUGGUGGAUCAGACGACGCAGCAUAUGAUGUUGCAGCAACAGCAACAACAGCAGGUUCACGCGCAGGCGCAACAGCAACAGCAACAUAGUAUGCAGCAACAGCAGACGCAGCAUAUGCAAACGCAACAGCAACAAAUGCAUAACCACAAUCACCAACAACAGCAACAGCAGCAACAACAACCAACGGCGCAACAAGGCAAUCACCAUCAGCAGCAUCAUCAUCAUCAGCAUCCGCAACAAAACCAGCCGCAACUGCAACAGCACUUGCAGUCGCUGCAGCAGCAGCCACAACAGCAACAACAGCAGCAGUCGCAGGAACAAGUGACUCAGCAGCAACAACAACAGCAGCAACUGAAUCUGCUCUCACGCAGUGUACCUGAUCUAGCGCAAUUCGGCCACGAAGACAUCGACGCGUUCUUUAAUCUCUCGCCGCUGCAAACGAUCGGCAACUCGCAGCCGAAUCAAAAUUCACGCAGCAACAAUAAUGCAGUGAGCUCUACUAAUGGGCUGCAACAACAGAGCGGCAUUAGUCAAGGCUUCAUCAACAACACCAGCGCACCGCAAGCGACAAAUGAGGACUCGCUACUCUCCUACAUGCAAAUGGCCACCGAAUCCAGUUCGACGCUCAACUUUCCGAUGGGUAUUAGCGAUGAUGGUUCCGAGUCGCAGAGCGAUCGUAUCGAUGGCAAACUCAUAGGCGGUAAUCAAGUUAUGCAACAACAGCAGCAGCAGCAACAACAACGCACCAAUAAUUUCUUUCCGAACAAUCCAUUCGAAGCGCUCGGCAAUCAAGCGACCACAAAUCAAUUACCUAACGAUCUGGAAAUACUGCCCUAUCAGAUGUCGCAGGAGCAGUCGCAGAACCUCUUCAACUCACCGCAAUCCUCGAGAAAUAGUCAAUAGCCUUAAGCCGCAAUUCGAAUUAGUUUAGUUGUAAGCAUAUAAUUAGUUUUAGUUAGUUUCAUAUGUGUGGUUGAAUGUGUGUCUCGGUAAAUAUUUGUAUGCAUUCGUGCGUUUAGAUAGGCGUAGUGUGUAGGUACAAACCCUGCAGGAAAAUCCGCUGAUGUAUAUAUUUUCAAUUAUAAACCUGAAACAUCUAACCGAUAGUUAAAAUGAAUGUAGAUAGUAUAAUCUUCCUUACCACCAAAUUUUCGAAAAACAAAGAAAGCUGCACCGGUUUGAACUCAAUUUUGAUCAUAGCAAAUACUGCAAAUAGCUUAUGGUAUAUGUAUAUGACCGAAAUCGACCUUUACUUUUUUCACCUUUAAUAGCGAAUAAGAUGACGUUAUAGCAAAUGUGUAUGUCGGUCAAUUUGUGAGACAACUUAAAUAAAAUGGUCUUAUUUCCUCAAAACUAUGUGAUUGGCAUUAAAACUUAUAAUAAUUUUAUUAUUCUCGUAAACAUUUCGAUUAAAGUCUGAGUUAAUUUAUGGAGAUAGGUAGGGAAUGUUUAGUUUCGGAAAUAGAUUGCAAUUGAAAUGUCUUUCUUUCUCAGUACAGGGUUACACUACAAGUGCUGCCUACUUGUAUAUACAAUUGUUAUAGUAUUUUCGAUUCGCUACUCUCCAACGCUUGCCGAAUCGCAGACAGUUAAUAUAAUAUAUAUAGUGAAUUGUGUUAGUUAAGUUAAUUUUAUCAUAGACAUUUUGGUUACAGAGAAAUAUAUGGAACAUAAUAUCUUUUGAACCUUUAGGCUUACGAAAAAAUUAUUGAAGACCAUUUUUGUAGAAAAGUAAAAUCCUGCAAAUGUAAGUGCGAAAUAUUUUUUUUACAUAGGAGAUGCCGAUGUUUGAAUUUUCGUACAGAAAAUAUAAGAAACUAAAAAGCAAAGGAUCUUACCUUUAUUACAGAGAGAAUUUUCGAGUUGUCUACCAAUCAAUUUGUCAGAGUAGAAAGUAAAAGAACCCACCAUAAUAUAUACCUAUAAUCUUGUUCGGCUGUGACCGCACUUAGCUCUUUCUCACUUGUUUUUCCUGUUAACUUCAGCUGAUGUGGAGCUGAACUGCAGGGUUCGUAGAGGCUAACAGGCUAAAGCUGUUUUUUAUGUGUGUGUGUGUUGGAAUGCAUUUUGAACUUUUAUAUAGGAAUAAUUACAGUCAAAAAUAUGUCUGUAUAUACAUACGUAAAUAUAUGGUGAGCCUAAGCAUUAAUUGGAACUAGAUAUCCUUAAUAAACUAUGAUGUUAGUGCAAUGAAACACUCUCGUGCGUGAUCUGCUUGCCAAAAGUUUUAUUUAAACUUGGUAUUAUAAAAAUAAAAUACUUUUAAGUAAAACCUGGUGUUUUUAAAUAAAUUUAUUUCAAUUAAUUGGCAGCAGCAUAUUAUAGUUUUUUGUUGUAGUGUGUGACACAAUAUUGUGUAAAUUAAGUGUAAAUCAUUUUUAACAGUUCGAAUUUGCCAUCUUUUUCUUGUUUUUUGUUGUAAAUUUUUUAUAAAAUAAAUCCUUAAUUGUAAAACAGCUGUAUUUCGUGGGUCUAAAGCAUUUUUGUUUAAAGUAAGUCGGCUGCAUUACCGUUACUUGCUUUAAAGUUGAAAAAUAAGACAAUUAUAUUUAGCUUUAAACAGGAAAUUUUACAUUUUACUAACUCGUAGAUUUAUGGAUUGUUUUUGUAUUGUUUGUUGUUUUUUUAUUAUUUUAUUUAUUGGUUUUUUAUGUUUUAUGUUAAUUUGUUAAAUAAUUUGUUAAUAUUAAUAUUUUUUUUUUUGUAUUAGGGUUGAGAAAUCAAAACAAAAACUUAAAACUCCAAGGUUUCACAAAAUUUCUUUCAGUAAAAAAUAAAGUAUCUUCUUUAAUUUAAAACUUUAAUUUGUGUUAUUAAUAGAUCCCUAUUGCUUGUUUUUUUUUUGUUUUUUUGUUUACAAAUCACAUAAGUCACCUAAAAAUUCUUUCAGCAAGCAAGAAUAUUAUUUUAAAAAAAGUUUUAUCGGAAGGAGUUGACAAAAUUUUCAUAAGAAUGCGAGCAUUAUAAAAGAACUCUCCAAGCUUAAAUAGGGCGUGAGUUUUGAGUAUGAUCGAGGCACAUCGAAAUAAAACUAUAUUUCAAGGAAAUGCUUGUUUUCUAUGUGAAAAUAUCUUAAAAAUCUUUGUUCAAGUGAUUAUAUUAAACGAAAAUUUAUAACACCCUCAUAGAAAUCUAUAGUAUUAACUUCAGCUUGAAUACCGAAGCUAUUGAAAUUUUCCCUUCAUAGUUUUAUAGACACUUAAGAAUAAACUUACUCUCUUUCAUUUAAAAAAAAAUUUUGCUAAGAAUGUGCUU